GUACUUUCCAGGAAGCACAGUGCAAUGUGUACUGUUAGUAGAGCAAUAGUCCUUUUAGUUAACACAAGGACAAAUGCAAACAGAAACACCACCAAACACGUGCUUGUAAAUGUUAGGCUGUUAAUGCUACAGCCUAUUGUAACAACUGCGUUAAGGGUUCAGAAGAAGUUAAGCAACCUGCUCGGCCGUCAGCUCCCACACCGACCAUGCUGGACUGGCUCUGUCUGUGUGUGGUCAGUAGUCUGCUGAUGGGUCUCCUGACCGUAGCUGGCUACGUUUUGUACUCGGGACUCCUCUCAGACAUUACCGUACUGACUGGUUCUCCUCCCUUAAAGAAGAUCACAUUCGUCUACAAAUUCAAAGAAGGUCCAUACCAAAACUGCGUACAACUUUUCAAAGAGUCUCAAAGUAUUGGACCAAAGCUCUCGUGUAUCGGAGUGUUUUAUGAUGACCCUAAAAAGGUGCCGGGACCACAGUGUCGCUGUGCUGUCGGCAGUAUUCUGAGCGAGGGAGAAAAUGAGGCAGAUGAGGAACUUUUAAAGAGCUAUGAGACAUCUGGCUUUAAUGUCUUCUCCUUUCCUGAAGCCACACACGUGGUCACUACCUCGUUCCCCCACAGGACCUUUUUCUCUGUCCUCCUGGGAAUAAGACGAGUUUACCCUCGGCUAGAGCACUAUAUCAAGGAAAGGAGGCUGUGUGCUCACCCGUUCCUUGAGAUCUACAGAGAGGAUCUGAUCCAGUUCAUGGUCCCCUUGGCCCGGCAGGGAGAUUUCUAUGUGCCUGAAGUCCGACCGGCAGAAAGGAGGCUGUCGGAACAAGAGGAAUUGCACAGUGACUCUGAUAUCUCAGGUGCAGACUCAAACAGUGAAUACAGCUCAGGGAGUGGGGUUCUCCUGUCGGACAGCAGAGAGACGUCCCUGGCGGGGUCCUGUGUCCAGGAUCAAGGGGAAAGAAACUACAGACGGAGAAGCUCCAGGGGAACCUCAUCUAAAGAGCUGGACUGGGAGCAGUCUGGUGGACGGCAGUCAGAGAGAGAAGAGCGGCUUCAUGGAGACUCCAACAAGAAGAGCCCGGAGGUUCAGGAGUUGUGCGGUGCAGUUGGAGGAGAGGAGUAAAGGUUCAGUGAGAGACAUUAGUUGAGAAAAAGAGAUUAAAGGAUUGAAAUUGAGAAAAGAUUGAGAAGCACAAAUUAUAAAAGUAUGUCUCACUACGGGUUCAUGUCCAAAUGGGGCAAUAUUAAAGGACAAGGCAGGUUAUAUUUGAUAUUUCUGGUAUUGUGACCAAAUCCAAUGAAAAGACCAAAACUAACAAUGUGUUUCUCAAUACUUUGAGACUUCACUACUCUGAGAGCCCGUUCUGCCCCAUAGAAGAAUAUUUAAAAAUGAAUAUAAUGUGUCAUUUUGAUGACAAACAGACAAACAGAAGUAAAUAGUGGAUUAAUCCGCCUUUGGUGCUUUAGUAAGCAGCAAGACGGUGCAUACAGGACCAACUCCAAAUAAGCUACAGUGCCCAUGUUCAUUGUAAAGAAGGAACAUGUCACCCGGGGCAACAGUGUUUCUCUCUGAUGUGUUUCUAAUAGUUAUUGAACAACACAGGAGGUUCAUUGUGCAAGGGAAUAUGUUGAAUCAGGCUUUGACUUCACAGGCACUUGUUCAUUGCUAAUUUAGGUCUUCCCAUUGGAUUUGUUGAUAAUAAAACAAAAAUAUAUAAUAUAACCAGACUUAGUCUUUACUCUUUUAACCACUUUUUUAAAAGUGAAAGUAUUUAAAUCUGCUGGAUUUAAGUAUUAGAAAACAAACCACUUCAAAUAUGCAGAACUUAUUCAGGGAACCUGAUUUUCUUGAAACAUUUGUGAUGUUUGUCAAAAUGAUACAAGAUGACUGAACUGAGUAUUUGUUAGAAACAGCAUUUUACUUGAAAUGUCUUUAAUUUGCUGUGCUGAAGCUAACCAUUACUUGCAUUUCUAACAAGACUUAUGUUUGUUAGAGGAUUGUUUGACAAAUGUACAGGGAAUUCUGCGUUAGUCUUUUACCUGUUUACAAAGGGCCUUAGUUUCCUUCAUUAAGGCAUUGAAAUGACUAUAAGCACACAGACUUGACAAAGUGAUCUGUACUGUUUUUUUAAAUAUUGUGUUUGACUGAAUAUUUGUGUGCUUUGUUAGAAGUUUUCAGUGUAUUUUCACAAGGCUGUGUGUUGACAUUGUUCUGUUGUUGAUGCACAUAUUUUGAUAUAAAACUGACUUCAUUUCCAAAGAGGAAGGUGUGAAUGAAUGCAUAAUAACCUUCUUCGUGUAGUCCUCAUGGAAGGGCAUGAUUAUGGAGUGUGCAGCCUGCUGUCAUGUUCAGUCAAGGAGAAAGAUGACAAGGCGGGUGACCACUAAUAUCAAUUCCACUAUUACUGAAAGCAAAGCGCAGUGACUCUUACCUUUUAUUUACAUUCUGCCUCUUACUUCAUAACAUUUUCUUCACACUUCCAUUCCCAGCUCCUUCAUUUUCUGUCCAACCCUCAUAUUGUGUUAUUUUACUUUCUCAGCCUUUCUCCCAUCUGCUGUCUCUUUGCACAGGCUAAUUACCAGCUGCAACAGCGACGCUGGUGUAGUUUUCACCUUGUGAGUGUGAGUGUGUGUGUGUCAUCAUGACAAAAUGUGGUCCUGGAGACACCAACUGUAGUGGGAAACUACCACAGAGGCCUAUGUGAGGUGUUUAUAUCUGUCUAACAGUCUUGUCUAUUUGUGGACAGACCUUUUUUUAUACAAGAUGCAAUCACUUACUUUACUGGUAAGUAGUUGAGAUUAAAACAAAGGCUGAAUUUCGGCCUUUCACUUUAUGCCCCUGCCUCUAUUUGGCAGCUCGGCUGGUGUGUGAUCCCAUCGCAGGAUGGUUUCUAGUUUGUUUGUUUGUUUUUCUCUUUUUGUUAUUUUCUCUCAUUCCCCCUGAAAUAAA